GAUCAAUCAUGGAAAUAAAAGUGCUGAAACCAUGUUGGCUCACUAUUUAAGAAGAAGAUGGAGAACAAGCUAUUGGAUGGUGCAGGUAUAGCCGACUAGUGCUAGUAUCGCUACCUAGCAAGACAAAUAAAUUACAAAUAGAAAGUAGCGAUUUAUAAUAUUGUCCAAAAUAAUAUUGUGAUAUGUAACUAUAUCGAUUUAUUUUUUAUUAUUAUUUUAUUUUAUUUUUUGUAGUAAUAUGGAUUUAAGGACUGAAACAUGGUUCAAAGUCAUCUGGAGGGUUCUGUUUUGGAUUUAUUGCUGCAACCAGUUGGUUUUCAGGGGAUUUGAUCUCCAUUGUUGUUCUUGAUUGUCCACAACCUAAAGGGGGCCCAUGGAAGAUUAAAAAGAGACACUGAUGUUCUGCUGCUACCCAGACAAACAAUACCGUCUUGGACCUUUACAGCAUGGAGAUGUCUGCCACCUGACCCUCCACUGACAAACUACAUUGUUUGAUCUUGGACUCCAGCAGCUUUGAUUAUUUUUGUGUUCACUUUCUACUGCUAAAACCCAGAACCAGAUCAGACCAGUGAAACAGGACAGCAGAGGGGGGGGAGGUGGGCGUGGCAUGGCGGAGCACGGCGAGCUGCUCGGUGAGAUGGCCACGAUUGGGCGUCUUAGCGCCACGGAGCGCUUGAAGCACGCCCAGAAGCGGCGUGCCCAGCAGCUGAAGGGCUGGGCCCAGAUGGACAAGGACAUGGCCCGCGGCGGGGGCAAGGCCGGCCAGAAGGGCGACAAAAAGGGGCGCACGCGCAGGGUGGUUUUCCCCAACAACAUCACCCUGCUGGAGGCUGCAGCGCGCAAUGACCUGGAGGAGGUGAGGGAGCUUCUGAAUGGUGGAGUCAGUCCAGAUCUGUACAACGAGGACGGACUCACUGCCCUGCACCAGUGCUGCAUUGAUGACUUUGUGGCGGUGGUACAGUGUCUGUUGGACGCUGGGGCCAGUGUGAACGCCUGUGACAGUGAGCUGUGGACGCCGCUCCACGCCGCUGCCACCUGUGGACACACCGGCCUGGUGCAGCUCCUGGUGCAGUCUGGAGCAGAGCUGCUGGCUGUCAACGCUGAUGGCAACAUGCCCUAUGACCUUUGUGAGGACGAGGCCACACUGGAGCUGCUAGAGAUGGUCAUGGCAGAGCAGGGUAUAACCCAGGACCGUAUAAACCAGUGUCGUGGGGCUAAGGAGAUGGAAAUGCUGACGGACAUUCAAGUGCUGGUCCAGAGUGGAGCGGACUUGAACACUCAGGAUGACAACGGGGCCACACUGCUGCACAUAGCGGCGGCUAACGGCUACUUAUCGGUGGGGGAACUGCUACUGGAGCACAGGGCCAAUGUGGAGCAGCAGGACAUGGACGGCUGGACAGCACUCCACGCCGCCUCCUGCUGGGGACAGAUCCUAAUGGUGGAGCUGCUGGUGGCUCAUGGGGCCAGUCUCAACACCAAGUCUGUCCUGGAAGAGACGCCGCUGGAUGUGUGUGCGGACGAGGAGGUGAGAGCCAAGCUGAUGGAGUUGAAGCACAAACACGACACCAUCAUGAAGAGUCAUGACCGACACAAGGGCACCUUGCAGAGACGAGCCUCCAGCACUGGCAGCAGAGGUAAGGUGGUGCGGCGUGUGAGUGUCAACGAGCGUUCCAGCCUGUACCGGCGGGAGCACCACAAGGAGGCCAUGGUGUGGCAGGAGAGAGGCCGGCAGGCCGAGCCGCAGGACAACGAUGAGGACAGACAGACGGACAACGAGCUCCACCAGCAUGCUGCCAUGGCUGCAGGUGCCAUGUCGAGGCCGGAGAAUGAGGAGGGAGCGGAGAGGAAGUCUAGUCUGGGGAACGGUGGGACGCCCCUGGCCCUCUCGGCGUCCGUCCCGGGGGUGCAGUGGAGUGGAGGCCCGAUGGACCGCAGUGCUUCCUACCAGCUGAACCAUGCCUCAGGGUCUGGGUCUGGGGAGGGAAGGGACAGCAUGACCCAGGAGAAAUCCCACCAGACUCUAGCGGACCUGAAACGCCAGCGGGCCGCAGCCAAGCUCAACAAGUGCCCCGCCCUACCUCUGCCCCCUCCCUCAGAGGAGGAGCCCCCCUCUCCCGCCCCACUGCAGGAGGUGACCCCCUCCCGAGCCGCCCAGGAGACCCCCAGCACAGAGGAGGUGGCCUUUCCCAGCUCUGUGUACUUCACUCCAGCCAGCGGGGACCCGCCCCUGCUCAAACUACGAGCCCCAGAGGAGGACACCUCCAACAACACCAAGGAGCCCUGCUGCAGAAUCAUGUAGAGCCACACAAACACUCCUAAGCACCCACUGCCUGACUGGGAAUGAAAGUGGGCGAUAUGUAACACUCCUAUGUGGCAAACCGAUUUCAAAUCAAAACACCGGUGACAACCAGAUAUACUUUUAAGGAUUCAUUGCAGUUUGAUUCAUUCUAAGCUUAUUAUUUGAUUCCAGCGUUAAGCGCCUACUUCCAAUAAUGAUAUGCUGUUGAAUGUUUGGUCCAAACUCCAUUUUAGUAAAUGUAGUAAUACAUUUAUCUUCUUGCACAGAUUUUAUUUUCAACUCUCCUUCCUGAAAAAUCUAAAACAAGAUUUAUGUAAUGGAGAGAAUGUAAUACAUUUCCAAUAUAUGAGCACCUAACAUAACGCUCCUAACGUUCCUCAUUGCUCCUCUGUUGAGGAGGGUGUGGCCAGAGCCGUAUAUUUACAUAUGGAUAUUGCUCUGAGUCUAUUUGGACCUCAAGGAGACCUUAUAUUAAUUAAUUAAUUAAUUUUAUUAAUUAAUUGGUCAUUUAGCAGACGCUCUUAUCCAGAGCGACUUAC